GUAAUAUUUUCACUUGCGUGAGUGUGUGUGUGUAUAUAAUAGAGUGAGUUGAUGGGGCUUGAGAGAGAGAGAAAGAAUAAAGAAAUGGAAUAAGGAGACGUGUUUCUCGUUGGUAUGUCGCAUGGCAGUCCAUGGACCAGGCCGAUCAGAACGUUCCAGACGUCCCAGUUGAGGUUCAUCCUUCCGAUCAGAUCAGACAGACCAAUCGGGCCGUGUACCGGUUCGACCCGCAAACGUCCGGAUUGGAGCUUCGUCCAAAUCUCCGACCAGAUGAUCGAACUGACCGAAUUGAAGCUCAUCUUUCCCGGCCAACUCGACAAGCCAAGACUGAUGGUCAAGCCAGAAUCAACUCUGAUUCAGACCAUGGCUUCUCUCUUUUGGCUCGUUUGGCUCGUAUUAUAUGUACCGACGACCGUGCUGAUGAUCUCUCUACCUUGUUCGAUCCGAUCAUGGACUUUUCCUUUGGAUAUUUUUCUAAGGCAAGGAUACUUAAGCUAUCAGAAGACUUGGGCUUUGUUGGAACGCAACUUGUCCGAUCAGAACGUCCCGCGGCCCUUCAUGAUCGUCCCGCCUAUGUACUGAUCCUUACCGCUUUGGACUUAGCCGGUUCGGAUGCAUCUGGACAGAAGCCGAACGGUCACUUUGACUAGUCUUCUCUCUUUAUUUCCGUGUAUUGACUAGAUCUAGAUCAAGAUCUACUUUUCUAUUUAAUGCCUAGACCUACAAAACUCUGUAAGUAUGUAAACUCUUCAUUUGGAAUAAUUAAUCGAUUUUGUCUAAAGCUUUUGAGUUAAACUCUUUGUUCUUUGUUUAGAACUUGUCUUGUUUCUUGGUGAGUCAUAUCCAAGCAAACACCCCUCAAACUCGUUGGUCUUGUGAGUCAUAUCAAGCAACGGUUCGAGAUUCUUCUUUUGGUGGUCUUGUGAGUCAUAUUAAGCACCAACUGAAGCCGAGGAAUAUCGAAGGUCAUUCCGCAACCUUCGUGCGACCCUUCAGUCCAUCUAGUUCUCCAUUCGGAGUUCAUAUCCAGAUCUGAUCCAUUCGAGUGAGCCGGUCUUAGGGUCCUUCAAGUGGUAUCAGAGCCGCUCGUUUGGUAUCUUCUAAAUCAUUCAUCUUUCUCAUCUUCCAUUUCUAAAUCAUAAACACUUCUUCUUCUAUCUAUCUUGAAUCUGGGCCCCUCAUUACCAUCCUCUAUCUAUAAAAAAAAGAUCUAUCUAUAUAAAAAAAAAAUUGAAAAGUUUUCGUUUGGGGAUUGGUGGUGGAAGAGAAAGUCUGCUGGCUGAGGAGAAAUCUAGCCUUUGAGGUGGUUAAAACGGAUUCCCAAAAUAAAAAAAUCUCUUAUCUUUCUCUCUUUAAAAAAUCCCUAGUGUUUGCUUGGAUUUUGUCCAUUGAGUUUCUUAGAUUUGUUCUUCUUUGAACUUUGAGUGAAAACUUGUUGUGUGAUCAUCCAAAUUCUGAGAGAAACACGUGUGUGGGUGAGGAUCAAACACUUGAGAGAGUGAGGAUUUUUAUCUAACGUUUUGUGUUUAAGAAAUUUCAGAAACUAUGAGUAAUGAUGAUGAACGGAACCGUCCCGGAAACUCAGUUGCUGGAUUGUCUAACCUUCAAAUGUGUGCCUUGAAUGAUUAUAUGUCUAACAUGUUGAACGCAGGUUUAUAUCAGAUCCACCAGAGGCUUGAUGAGAUUCAGGCCAGCAAAUCUCCUUCUAGAGCCGGAGCAAGAAGAGACCGUCCGCGUAGGAACACUCGGUCCGACGAUGAGAUCCGAGAGGAGGAUGAUCAAGAGAACGAGGCCAGAUCAGCAUACCGUCCAAGAAGAGGUCCUAGAACCCGAGAUUAAGGUGAUGUCAAUCCUUUUGCUAGAAAUGAACGUACUAAUGAUAGCUUAAGUGGAUUGAAACUAAAAAUCCCACCUUUUGAGGGUAAAAAUGAUCCUGAUGUUUUUCUUGAAUGGGAAAGAAAAAUUGAACAUGUCUUUGAUUGUCAAAACUUUUCUGAACUUAAGAAAGUUAGACUAGCUGUUACUGAAUUCUCUGGCUAUGCUAUUAAUUGGUAUGAUCAAGUUGUGACCCACAGGAGGAGAACAUGUGAGAGACCGAUUGAGACAUGGGAUGAGUUUUCCAUGCUGAUGAGGAGACGAUUUGUUCCAGCUCAUUAUCACCGAGACCUCCACCGGAAACUCAGGCGCUUGCUUCAAGGCACUAAGUCCGUGGAACACUACCACCAGGAGAUGGAAAAUUUGAUGAUCAAGGCCAAAGUAGACGAGCCCAUGGACGCCACUAUGGCAAGGUUCCUCUGUUCCCUUAACCGAGACAUCCAAGACUGUAUGGAGCUUCAAGAGUAUGGUAGUGUGGAACAGAUGCUACACAAGGCCAUCUUGAUCGAGCAACGAGUUAAGAGGAAGAGUUUCUCAAAGCCGGCCAUUACCUCUAAACCGGCCUACUCCCCUAAACCGGCCUUUGCUCCUAAGCCAAGCUAUCAAGACAAAGGUAAGUCUCCUUCCACAACAAAUAAUGCUUUUAAAACUGAUGUCCCUGCUCGUGAUGACAAAGGAAAGGCAGUGGAGGCUUUUAGCUGAACAAGAGACAUUAGGUGUUUCAAAUGUAAAGGUCUAGGACACUUUGCCAAAAACUGUCCUAACCAACGAGUGAUGAUUCUCAUGGAGAAUGGAGAAGUUGAAUCUGAGGAUGAACUGGAGGACAAAGAAGAUUUUGGUCCGAUCUUUGAUGAAGAGGACGAAUCCUUUGGAUAUCCGCAUCACGGGCCACUACUUGUUGCUAGGAAAGGCAUGGUCGAGUCUAUCUUCGAUGAGACGGACGGCCGCUUGGUCGAUGUUUCCGAUCCAGCCUUUGAUGAUAAGUCCGAUCCGAUCUAUGAUGAGGAGGCUUGCUUCGACUAUCCAGUUCAUGGUCCUCUACUUGUCACAAGAAGAUCUCUGAGUGUCCAACCCAAAACCAAUGAAAAGGAACAAAGGGAGAAUCUCUUUCAUUCUCGUUGCUUAGUUUCUGAAAAGGUUUGUUUUUUGAUUAUUGAUGGUGGGAGUUGUACUAAUGUUGCUAGUGACACUCUUGUCAGGAAACUAGGACUUGCUACUCGGCCUCUCUCUCGUCCUUUCAGGUUGGAAUGGCUAAACGAGGCUGGAAAACAAUAUGUGAAAGAGCAAGUUACUGUCCCUAUUACCAUUGGCCGAUAUAAGGACGAGGUCGUUUGCAAUAUCCCUCCUAUGGACGCAUGCCACAUUCUCUUAGGCCGGCCAUGGCAAUUUGAUAAGAGAGCCAUGCAUGAUGGCUUCACAAACCGACACUCCUUUGAUCAUAAAGGAAAGAAGAUCACGCUUGUUCCUUUGACACCUUUGGAGGUUCAUCAAGAUCAAAUCCAGCUCAAGAAGAGCCGUGACAAAGAACCUAAGCCAGAUGAACCUGAAUCAUCCCAACGGAACUCCAAUUUCUAUAUAAAGUAAAGUAAGGUCAAGAAAUCUCUUUACUCUCAAAAGCCAUUUCUUUUACUUGUGUACAAAGAAUCUCUUAUGGCUUCUUCUUCUGACCUUGCACCGGAGAUCCCGAGUGAACUUCUAGAUGUUUUGCAGGAGUAUUCUGAUGUCUUUCCAAAUGAGAAUCCUAAGGGAUUGCCACCAAUACGAGGCAUAGAACAUCAGAUAGACCUUGUUCCAAGCGCGUCUCUGCCAAACCGGCCAGCUUACCGUACCAAUCCGGUGGAGACCAAGGAACUUCAGAAACAGAUUGGUGACCUUCUGGAGAAAGGCUACAUCCGGGAAAGCCUCAGUCCUUGUGUUGUUCCUGUCCUUCUCGUGCCCAAAAAAGAUGGUUCUUGGCGCAUGUGUGUGGACUACCGUGCCAUCAACAACAUCACGGUAAAGUAUAGGCAUCCCAUCCCUAGGCUAGAUGAGUUGCAUGGAUCAUGUGUCUUUUCUAAAAUUAAUUCGAAAGUGGCUAUCACCAGAUUAGGAUGAAAGAAGGUGAUGAGUGGAAAACCGCAUUUAAAACCAAAUUAGGAUUGUAUGAAUGGCUUGUUAUGUCAUUUGGUCUUACUAAUGCACCUAGCACUUUCAUGCGUUUGAUGAAUCAUGUGUUGAGGUCUUUCAUUGGUCAUUUUGUUGUUGUCUACUUUGAUGACAUUCUUGUCUAUAGCAAAAACAUUGAAGAUCAUAAGAUGCAUCUAAAUUUCGUUCUUAAAGUUCUUAGAAAAGAAAAACUCUUUGCCAAUCUAGGUAAAUGCUCUUUUGGAACAAAUCACGUGGCGUUCUUAGGUUUUGUUGUAGGUGCUAAUGGACUUAGAGUAGACGAGGAGAAGAUCAAAGCCAUCCGAGACUGGCCGAGUCCAUCGACCGUGGGCGAGGUAAGGAGCUUUCAUGGUCUGGCCGGUUUCUAUAGACGGUUUGUUCCAGACUUCAGUUCCAUUGCUGCUCCACUGACUGAAGUGAUCAAGAAGAACGUCGGUUUCAAAUGGGAACAAGCCCAAGAAGAAGCUUUUCAGAUGUUAAAAGGGAAGUUGACUCAUGCUCCUUUACUUGUAUUUCCUGAUUUUUCUAAAAACUUUGAGAUUGAAUGUGAUGCUUCCGGAGUUGGGAUUGGUGCUGUCUUGAUGCAGGAUAGGAAACUCAUUGCUUACUUCAGUGAGAAGCUUGGAGGCGCCAUACUCAACUACCCCCACCUACGACCAGGAGCUAUAUGCUUUGGUGAGAGCUCUCCAAACGUGGCAACACUAUCUUUGGCCUAAGGAGUUUGUUAUCCACAAAGACCACCAGUCCUUGAGACAUCUUAAGGGUCAACAGAAGCUGAACAAGAGACACGCACGUUGGGUUAAGUUCUUUGAGAAAUUUCCUUAUGUUAUCAAAUACAAGCAAGGUAAGGAAAAUGUUGUGGCUGAUACUUUGUCCCGAAGGUACACUCUUCUUUCAGCCCUUGAGACGAAACUACUUGGCUUUGAAUUUAUCAAAGACUUGUAUGAGACUGAUCCGGAUUUCAAAGAAAUAUUUCAGAAGUGUUCCAAAGUGGUUUACGGAAAGUACUUUCAAAA